AAAAGAAAGAGAAAAGAGAACGAGAGAGAGAAACUGUUUUUCUCUCCUGCGAAGCGCGCACAUUGCUGUCUACUCUAUGAGAAGCAAACAACCGCGACGUCUCUGAUUUAUGUAAUAUUUACAUGCUACCUUUUCCAGUGUAAUGGAAUACAGCAGGGAAUGCGUUCUGGGAUAUCUAAAAGAACACGGAUGCAGUGAUCCAGAUUUCCUUGAGAUUUUUCUCGAGAAUAUACGGACAGAAUGUGGAGCAUCCAAGUGGAACUGUACAGAGUGCAAAAGAGAAGAUAUGGUUGAGAGAUUUUCUGAGGCUGACGCUGAGUGCGAUGCAAGGUACAGACAGGAACACGGUCUCACUGCCGGAAAACCCACAGAUUCGGUUCCCGAUACGACGAGAUGCUGUAUGUUGCUUUACGGCAAGGACUGCGUUCCCCUUCGACUCGUAGAAAAAGGAUGCGAUGCUUGGAUUCUCGCAAGUUCCGAAGAAAUGUGGAGCAAGCGAAUGUUGGCUGCAUGUGACCCAUCGACCUCGAAGUGCGACGUUGCUCCGAAGUGCAGCGAAGAAACGGCGAUUGACGCCGACACUGAGUGCGGCAAAAAAUACAGACAGGAACAUAGACUUACUACUGGAACACCUGACAGAAAGUCAGACGAUGCAGAUAUGAGCCCCGAGAUGCACAAACAACAGUGCUGUUCCAUGGAAUACAGUACGCAGUGCGUUCCCGAAGUGCUCAAACGGAAAGGAUGCAGUCAUGAGAUAGCCGCGUCGUUCAUUGCACAGAGGAAGAAGCUAAUGGUGGUAAUGUGUGGAACGUCGAUGGGCCACUGCGAUUUCUACAAGAGCAAGAGCACUGGCCAUAUAAUACAUCUCAUAUGGACUUUUGCAACAUCGAUCUUUGUGAUGUCGGUGGUAACAAGCGGCUGUUACAAAAGCAUCUGCUAG